ACAGCAGGGUUUUACUUCGUUUGUCUUGUCUUGCCGUAGGACUUAAUAUUGUGUGUGUGAAACUUCAAAUUGCAAAGUAGAAGCUUGCUCCGUAGUAAAGAAAGCCUGAACAGAGAGCUGCGCCAAAGCCUGCGCCAUCUCUGAUGACAGGCUCGCACGACCUCCUCUGCCACAUACUUUUUACCGACGCUCUACCUUUUAGCUGCCGCGAAAAUGCAGCGCAUCUGUGUAACGUUCAUAUGUCCGUCACUAAUGAUAUGUGUAUGCUCAUUCGUUGAAGCCAGAUUACCAGGCAGCUUCGCUGUCGUCGCGCGCGCACAUUCCUCCCCCGAUUCAGCAAAGCCAUUCAUAUGCCAAGGUUACAAAGGUGUCGGGGAGGCCAACAUUGCUUCCGCAGGCUCUCGAGGCGAGUUCUCCAAAGAGAACUUUUACGGAGUCUUUGUCGAAUAUUUAGCCACACAUCUCCAAAGCACAAUGGACGGGGUCAAAUUGGCUCGAUCGACUCCCGGUUUGGGCACCGUGGCAGCAGAAAUCCUGCGGAGCGUGUUUGAUGACACCUUCGACGCAACGACACCCAGUAAGGAACUCUCAGAACCGGCUAAAGCGAACGUGUUUCUAGCAAAGGAUUCAAACUCUUCGAAUGAUGCGCUUCCCCAAUCACACGCUGGCACAGAGUCAUCUCUGUCGACAAUAGGUUUAUCAGGUCCCGAGUCCAUGUCCGCUGAGCCACCGCGUGUCAGCACAGAUACUUUGCAUUUAGUCGUUUCAGUGUGCCAAAGACUGUUUGCACCUCGGGCAGAAGGCAGACGGUCCUUCAGGGGAAUUACUUUCCCCAAAGAUGCCGACAGGAUCUGCGAACUUCUAGAAUACAGCUGCGCAUGGCUUGCCGAAGCUACAUCGCAACCACCAGUUCAAACAAUCGGACCAGAUACUACGGAGACGAAGACGAUCAUUUUUGGAAAAUCUGUAGUCGACAAGAAGCGUGCCUCACCAUCUGAAAAUCUGGAGCCAUCUGCGGUGCCCCGAGAACUCCAAGCAACGUAUGCAGACGUUCUUCUCCGCCCAGCGCCUUCUGUCGGUCGCUACAGCGGCUGGACAGCGGCUUACGACAUGCGAGGACCACAGGCUGGCGCAGUGACGAAUUUCGGAGAGUGGUAUCCGAUUACGUUUCCCUACGGUGGACCAUCUUAUUUCACACCUUACCCCCUUCAAGCAACUGCGGGCUCAUUGUACCUGCCACAACCCGGAGUUGGGUUCAGACGGCUCUCUGAGCUUGACACAAACGUCUCGUUUAAUGCUGAGGAACGACGGUGAAACAGCUCAUCCACAUUC